UUUUAUCACUCAAGCCAUCGUCACUCUUCUGCCGCCUCCUAGCUUGCACACAUGCUCAAAUGCAGGUCCUCCCUCGCUCCUCCCUCUCUUUCUCUUGGUCUCUACCCGUCUCUCCCUCCUCGCGUUUUAAAGGAAGCUGAGCCCCUUCGUCUUCUAGACACCAAGCGGAUCUCCAUAUGCGCGUUUUCGUCUUCUUCGACAUUUCUCUCUUUGGCCUCUGCAACCCAAGCAAUGGAAUGACUCUCUCGUCCGCGCUCGUCGUCUUCACCUUCUUGAGCGCGGCUUAAGGCGACGCAAACGACGUUUAUCAGUUCGAAUUUUUUGUCUUUUUGGAUCGCUGUUUAUUUUUUAUUUUUUUAUUUUUUAUACUUCCUUCGAAAUUCCAGGUGAUGGAACUAACCAUCAAUGGUUCGGGUGUUAGUUGAGUCGGAAUAUUACAAAAUUGGUGAACCAUGCAUGCCAAAUGACAAGUUGUUAAACUCUUAGUUUUGGUUGUUUGGCACUAUUAUAGUGGUCGAUGGGGAGUGAUAAAUGCCAGGCUUGGUUCUCUUGGGCAGCAGCUGGCCGCUUUUUGGGAUUUUGAUGAGGAAUAGGAGAUCCAAAAACACUACAACUGUUUGUGAAGAUUAGGGCUUACGGCGUGAUGACAUUUGCUAAGGUGGGAGUUGAUUUUGUUUGAUGUCUUAGCAAGAAUGGAGCUGCAGUGAGCUGCAACUAAGGAGGUAGCGGAGGUUUCACUGGACGUAAUGGUUACAUAGGUUCUUGCAUGAACCAAUGAUGUCCAAUCAUAUAUCAUUUUCUCCUGUUUUAGUGUACAUAGUGGUGGAAUGUUAAAGGAUGCUGUCAAAUGUUUGUUGCAAUGGUGGUCAACAAAGGCAGAGGAUGGCCAAUGGCAGUGGUAAAGUGUAUAGUUGGACAAGAUGGCGGUCUUAUGAGGUGUUGAGAUUGCACGAGUCGCUUCUUUGGCUCCUUCGUUGCUGUUCGACUUCACUACUUCGUUGCUGUUCCCUUUAUGUCGGAUCGGACGUUACAACAUUUUGAUCAAAAGCAACGACGGGAGCUUGGUCGCUCUCUGUGAAGUGUUCAUAGUGGUGGAAUGUUGAAGGAUGCUGUCAAAUGUUUGAUGAGAUGGGAAGGUACAUGCAAUGGUUGUCAAUCAAGGCAGAAGAUGGCCAAUGGCAGUGGUAAAGUGUAUAGUUGGACAAGAUGAUGGGCUUAUAUAACUUUAUCAUGCCGUUCUUUUUUUCACGUUUCUUUGUCCACAAUAUGAGCAUGAUUGGAGCACCAGGGCUGCUUCUCCCUCCUAGUUCCUUGUAUCAACGACAUCCUUCUUUGUAUUCAUUUAUACCAUAUACAGAACAUUCACACUUAUUGCACAACAUUCAAAUUCCAUACUAUUACUCUAACUUGAAGUAUCCCUGCACAAAUUCCCAACUUUCUAAUGGGCAUUUACAGAAAUCUAUUGGGAAAUGCCAUGCUCAGCAUGAGGACAAUAAAUGUGAUACUAGUGAAUCGAGAUUUGUUCUUGAUGUACAAACUCUUAAGAGCUUCCCAGUUGAAAAAUUGGAUGGUGAAUUUGUGAUGCUACGGUUUGACUCGAUUACACUGCUUGAACUAUUGAACAUUCACAAUGCUUUUGGAAAUGGAACCCUGUCUACUAUUAGAUACCUUUACAAUGCUGGAGCUAAAGUAUUUCUUGUCAGCAAUUGGGGAAGAUCUGGUGACCCUACGGUUCUUUCUGUAGAGGCUGUUGCUGGUCAUUUAUCAUCCCUCCUCCAAUUAAAAGUUGUAGCGGCAAAAACUGUUCCUUGUUACAUGGAGAUAAAAUCAGAAAAGUUUCAGAAGGCUGAUAUACUUCUUUUUGAAAAUUUAACACUUUUUAGAGAAGAAAUUGCCAAUUGUCCCGUCUUUUCUGAAAAACUUGCAUCCGGAGCCAGCAUAUUUGUAAAUGAUGCUUUCUUUCUUUCUCAUAAGAUUCUUGCUUCAACAGUUGGCGUUGCACGUUUUUGUUAUGCUCGUCUUGCUGGUUUUCAUUUUGAAGAUCAGUUGCUUCAAUUGAAGCAGAUCAGAGAAAUAACAAUGCAACCUUAUCUGGCGAUUAUAGGAGGGGGCAAAUUUCUAGAAAAGGCAGCUGCUUUACUCCGUUUAGCUUCUGUCUGCGAUGGCCUGAUCUUUGUGGGCAUGCUAGCAUUCCAAGUUAUGCAUGCAUCAGGAAUUUCUGUGCCCUCAUGCUUUCUUGAGCAUGAUGCUUUUGGUGAAGCGGCAGACCUGAUUGAGCUUGUAAAUAGCAGAAAAAUACCCAUAUAUUUUCCAACCGACCUUUGGUGUGUUAAUGACAACAACUCUGAAUUGUUUGAAAUAUUUUCUUCCAAGCGACUUCUGCCUGGUUGGACACCUAUUGAUCUUGGGCCGAUGGCAUUGAAGGAGAUUAAUAAUUUUCUCUCGGUUUGCAAGAAGGUUCUUUGGAUUGGUCCUGUCAAGUUUGCUUCAUCAGCGAAUGGUGCAGUUGGAGCAUCGGGUUUGGGUCGUAUGCUUGAAAUAAUUUGUAAGAAUGGCUGUGACUUAACUGUUGUUGGGAAUGCAGCCUGCCAAACCGUUCUGGCAGCAAAGAUUUCUGUUUCACAAUGUAAAAUGUUUGAAAAUGCAUCCGUUGUGUGGGACUUUCUCAUGGGAAAGGCGCUUCCAGGUGUUGCAGCUUUAGACAGAGCCUAUCCAUAUGAAAUUGAUUGGGCUACUACUUAUGAAAAUCCAACUCAGCCUUUAGUUGUUGAUAUUGGGAGUGGAAACGGGUUAUUUCCAUUAAAGAUGGCUGAAAAAAGGAACGAUUUAAAUUUUCUUGGACUGGAAAUCAAUAAUAAGCUUGUCAUGCAUUGUCAUGAUGUCAUGCUUAACUGCAACAGAAAAAAUGUGCAUUUCAUAUCAACAAAUGCAACUUCCACAUUCCGCUCUAUUGUCUCAACUUAUCCUGGAGAAUUGUUUCUUGUUUCGAUACAGUGCCCAAAUCCUGAUUUCAACCGUGAAGGUCAUAGGUGGAGAAUGGUCCAAAGAGCACUCGUAGAGGCCAUCAUAGAUCUGCUAGCAGUAGAUGCAAAGGUUUUCCUACAGUCAGACAUUGAAGCUGUCACCAUUAGAAUGAAAGAACAGUUCAUAAAGUAUGGAAAAGGUAGGAUUGUUAAAGAUGAGGAUGAUGAAGAUAAGAUAGGGUUCCCAGAGAACCCUUUCGGGGUUCGCUCCGAUUGGGAACAACACGCUGUGGAUCGAGGAGAUUUUAUGUACAGAAUGAUGCUCAGGAAAGUCGGCAAUCCUUAAAGAGUUUGGUGGUAAAUUUUCCCCAAUAUAAAUAGUUGCAGUAGAAUUCAGAUAAAAUUAGGAACAUGUCUCCAUGGUCCAGGAAAUCUUUUGUACAGGGAAAGAUGCUGAGAAAAGCUUCUGUCAAUCCUUAA